AUGGCUUCACUAUCAGACAACUCCCAAACCUCGCCUCCAAACCCAUCCUUCGCCAUAAGAGACACCACCGACCACCGCCUCACAUUCUUGUUAAGAAGCCUCUCCUCCAAAGACCCUUCCGAUUAUCACAAUAACAUUGACGAUGAUAAUGAAGAUUUCCCUUACCACCCUUCCCCGCCUCGCCUCAGCGUCCAGCACGACCGAAAUUCCCACCACCGCGCUCCUAGUCCUCCUCUCAAACUCCAUUCCUCCACCGCCUGCCGCGGGGGAACCGAAACGACGUCGUCUUCGUACAGAUGCGUGGCGUCCACGGCGGUGAAGAAGGACGGGCAGGUACUGUCCAUGGCGGCCGCCACGAGCGACGUGGAGCUCCUCUACACGGGGACCGACGCGAACGUGAUACGCGUGUGGAAGCUUGCUCCGGAGCUGACGGAGUGUGGUCAGCUGAAGACGAGGGCCGGCAGGGUCGUGGCCAUCCACGUGGCAGGGGACAGGGUUUACGGUGCGUAUGGGGACGGGAAGAUUAGGGUUUGGCAGCGGACGUGGAGGGAUAGUGGUGGUGGGUUCAAGCAUGUGAGGGUCGGGACGAUUCCGGCCACCGGUGGGGUCGUCCGAAGCUACAUCUCCGCCGCCGGGAAGGAUAAUAAGACGAGCAGGCACAAGGGUCCCAUCACCUCUCUAGCCAUCAACAUCGCCGACGACAUCCUCUACUCGUCCUCCUUAGACAAGACGGUCAAAGUGUGGCGAAUCUCCGACCUCAAGUGCGUCGAGACGAUCCCGGCCCACUCCUCCUCCAUCAACUCCAUCCUCGUCUCCGGCGCCGACGCCCUCCUCUUCACUGCUUCCGACGACGCCACAAUUAGGGUCUGGCGUCGUAACUUCUGCGGCAGCACGGGGGGUCGCCCGCACGCGCUGGUCGUUACCUUGCCGGCCAAGCAAUCGCCGGUCAAAGCCCUAGCGUUGACCCCGGACGGCUCCGUUCUCUACGGAGGGUGUUCGGACGGGUACGUCCACUUCUGGACGAAGGGGUGGCAGCUGCAGUACGGCGGGGCGCUGCAGGGACACACCCACGCGGUCAUGGUGCUGGCGGCGGCGCGUGAUGGUGGGUACGUGGUGAGUGGGUCGGCUGACCGGACGUGUAGGGUUUGGAGGAGGGACGUGGUGGACGGUGGCGGUGUUGGGUCGCGACACGUGUGCUUGGCGGUUCUGGUUGGUCAUCAUGGGCCGGUUAGGAGCCUCGUGGUGUUGGCCGCCACGCGCUCAAUGUGGCGCGUUGGUGGCGGCGGUGAUCGGGAGGUGGUGAAUGAUGGAGGUGGUGGUGAUGAUAGAGGUUGUGUUGUUUGUAGUGGUAGUUUGGAUGGAGUGUUGAAAGUGUGGAGCGUGACCCGAGAUUCCGGCGACGGAAAGGGGAUAUUACACGGCGGCGGUGGCGGUGGGUGGCUGCCCGGGAAUGGGCGUGAGUACUUUGAGCUUCAGAAAUGA